GCGGCGGCGGCCGGGAGGACUUGGCCGCGGGGUCGCGGCGGCGGAGGAGCGCAGGGAAGGUGAAGGCAGAGCAGGUGCUUUCCUCCAAGGAAUUGAUGAUGUUUCUUGGGAACGUUAGCAACGAAGUCAACAUAAGCAAUACUAGGAAUAGGAAUAAGGUCAUGUUGAUUAACUAAAAUUAGGAUCUAGCAAAAAAAAAAAAAGCAAACCUUUUAAAGCAAAUUUUGCAGCAAUCUCGAUGUGGAUGGUUUCGUAAUCUGACCUACAGAAAAAAAAUGGCAUAAAGGCAGUGAGAGAGAGAAGUGCCGGGUGGAGAUGAAAGGGAGCCCAAUCCAAAACCAUCAUCUCCUGUCAGGCUGUGGUGAACUCAAAGCACCCUUUCCAUAAACUGCCUCCUGGGCCUUCACAGCCGGCUCUCAGGGACACUCUUAAGAGAGUGAGAACAGAUCUCACCCGUUAUUCAGGCCAAUCUCCCGACACUCCGGGGGACAGCAUCUUUUUCAGGUAAUGCUUUGGUGAACCACAACUUUAAAUAUUCAGCCAACUGCUUCUAUCAACAAAAGUAUCCCUUGUUAAUUUUUGUAUUUUUUUCAAGAUGAGUCAUAGUAAAUUAAUUCCCAAGCUCUCUGUUCAAUCACCUGUCUAUCGUACCAACUUAAAAGUUCAGUCUACAAAGUUAACUUUUAAGAAAGAAGAUUUACAUCUGAUUUCGAAAGACUCCCUGGAAGCUGAUUCAGAAAGCCUCACUCAAGAAAUUAAUUCCCCAUCUGAACUUGAAGACAGAAUCCAGGACCACAACGUGGAGACCGACAGCUUGGAGGGAGAAAGCCGUCCGCGGGACAGCCUGAGUGAGACCGAAGAGGAAGCAGGCAGAGCAGCAGCUCAGUUGGCCAGCAAAGACGACCUCCGUUCUUGGGACGAUGGCGCGAAAAACAGCCAACACCCAGAAGAAGACAAAUACUCGGAUCUCCGCUAUGACCCAAACUGGAAGAGUAAGAGAGAGGAAGGGCAGUCACUGAGUGUGGAAACAUCGCCAGAGUCUCCAGACAGCCCCACAGAGACUCCGGCUCUGGGUCCACUCUACCCUUCCAGGGAGACUUCGCUGGAACUCCCAGGGGGGAAGGGCGAACAGAAAAAGAGCCCACAGAGCGAAGCCUCCUUACUUGGUAGUGAAUUUUUAAGCCCAAACUAUGAGCACGGCGCCCAUCGCAGCAAGCUGUUUUCGGAGUUGAGCGACAAUGACCUGGCAGAGAAGUCCAGCAGCCUGUCUCUGUACUCGAAGAGUCCCAAGUCGCGCAAAGAGGUUUUCUCCUCAGGACCAUGUGGCCCUCGGCGAAGGAAGUACAAACAAUAUUUUGUGGAAAAAAAUAAGCUGACUUUGGGAUUACCUACCCCUAAAAUGGACUCUUACCUUCAACUUCACAAUAGAAAAAGGGAGGACAUGCACACAGAACAGAUGUCCUCCCCAGCCAGAGGAACAGGCCAGAUGUCCACUCAGCACUCCCACGAGAGGGGAAGAGUUGCCUUCGAUCCCGAAAACAACUGGCACCAAAGGGCCCAGCAGCUAAAGGAGCACUGGUCUCAAUACGAAAGUGCAAAUCCAAGCACCGCACCAAGAGGUCAGUCUUCCGAAACAACGGAUGGGCAGCAGCCUCUGGGAAGACCGACCACACACCAGAGCCGCAGACAGCGGAAACGCAACCGUGGCCUGAAGUCUCGGCUGCCUGAAGAGCUGGUCGUCAGUCAGGGACGCCAGAAAGACACUCCCAGACAGCAACAAGGUCAAGAUAAGCCUGCCAAUGCUUUAACAGAGCAUGAAACCAUUGUGAUCAUGAACGCCCCUGACAAGGACUCACACCACUCAAAUGCACUUGGAAGCCAGGAGCCCAAAGUGGCCUCCAGUAAAUCUGCAGUACAGCAGAAUUCUGACAAGAUAUCAUAUAAACACACUGUUGGGUAUCACUCAGUGACGAAUUUUAGGAAAGAAAGAGGAUGCAAAGACCAGGAAGAGAAAGGAGUUUCAUACCAGCGGCUACGCACUGGCACUCUAUCCCAUGUGGACUUGAACUACCUUCAUGGACUUCCUGAGAGACAAGCGCCCCUGAGUCACAGAGGCUCUCAGUCUCUCUCUAACAUAAAUGUCAACCAAGCAGCUGGAAGUAAGAAGCAACACAGACAGACUUACACAGGGACAACAUAUAAGAACUUGGAAAUAUUAUGGAAGUUCCGUUCUUCCUCAGACAGCCGGCCUGUGAGUGCGUCCCCGGACUCGCGGCUGGCCCAGGUCAUGGAGCAGCACGAGCACGCCUUGCUGCAGCUGGCCGAGGUGCAGCCCCGCGAAGCGGCCUUAGCCAGUGUCACCUUCCCGCCCAUACUGUCCAGAAUAGAAAGCGAGUCCCAGCUCAACUCGGAGAAAAGCCAGAGACACCUCAUGAAAAUUAGUCGUAGCAAUUCUGAAGGCUAUCUGCUUCAACUGGAAAAAGGGAAAAAGCAUAGGAAAAAGAGCAUUAAGAGUUCCAAGCUGAAAGGUUACCAGAAAAGAGAUGUGAAGCUGGGAGGCCUUGGACCUGACCUUGAGUCCACCAGAGACAAAAUGCAGAAAUUAAUACACCAAAAAGAAUAUGCAAAACAGGUUAAGGAGUACAACAUGAAGACACUAUCCAUUCUGUCAAAACCGCAUACAACAAAAACAGAAAAUAAAUUGGCCAUCUCCCGGCAGAAGGCUUUGGAAUAUGCUAAGACCAUCCCAAAACCCAGACCUCCAAAUCCGACCGACCGUGUGUCACAGGGUAAGAACGACCCCGCCCAUGCAGGAAAUGAAGGUGCUCUGCCUGCAAUCUCGCUGCUGGAAGUGCUGCAGAGCAGGCACGAACGGGAGAAAAACGCUGUGGCUGCUUUCAAAGUCCUUCACAUCGUCUAGGCCCACAUGCAGGGGCCAGGAACACCCUGAGAAUGGACACGCAGCGAACUCCAGCCAGCCUCUCUGCACUGAGAGCAGUGAACUAUUAUCCACAUUGAACUGAGGUCCCUCUUUGCUUUGCAUGUGAUUUAAAAUACGGGGCCCUAUUACAUUAUGGUGCCAUAUUUUACCUUCUAGGGAGAAAAAUUUAAAUUAUUUAUUUUCAAAUCAGUUAGAAUUUGGGGCUGAGUAAGAACUAGGGAAUAAAGCCUGUUGGUUUUAUAUUGGAGCUUUUGAUUUCUUAAACAAUCUCUACCCUUCCUUAGCAUAAUGAAAACUUGGAAAUUACCCAGAAAUAAGUUUAUCAACUUGUGUUUCUCUCUUUUACAUUUUUGACAAUAAAAAUAUAUAAAUACUUCAAUUUCUGCUAAAAUGAACUCCAAUUAGACUAAUCACCAGUAUAUUUGGAGAUACCAUUUCCAAAGUAUUUCUAAACUCUUUAAAUUUAGCAAAGGUUUUUACUACAAAAUUAGAAGAAAUGAAGAUACAUCUGGAGGCGCCUACUCCAGCAGAACAAACCCCCAUGUUCCAACAAAGCAUCAAGAUGCUACCGGGGAAACCCUCCAGGGCCAGGAGCGCCCCCUGCAGGCAGCUCAGAGAGCCACACUUUGCCAGGGCAACCCGCUCCAGACUUCCAGUCAAGAUGGCAACACAGGUAAAUGCAGUCCUUGCAUCCUCUCACGACCACAUCAGAGUUACAGCUAAGCUACAGAAAAACUGUCCUUCAGAACCAUUUGAAAUCUGGCUGAACGUAAGCCCUAAAACUAGAAUUUAAAGAAGCAGCCACAUGGAGCCUGGGAGGAGGGGUAGAGGCACUCACACGUGGUGCAUAAAAUUGGACGGAUACCUUGAAUAUGGAGGUGACCCCCGAGGAGCCAGGCCUCCCAGCCCAGGUUUCUAGUGCCAGGAAUAAAGUCCCCAUGACUUACGGCUGUAAAAAUCAGCAGAGAUUGCGGCUGAGUGAGAAGGAGAGCUUAUGGUGUACCAGAUGUUCCUCUUAAAGGGCCUGUGCCUGGACUUAUUUGGACUCACUCCCUCUGAGCUCCAGCACUGGGGCAGCAGCUCAGAAGGCACCAGGGACACACAGGGAGGAACUGAUUUUCUGGCAUCAGGGUGAGAACUGGGAGGACAGCUUUUUCCCCAGACACCCCAUAGGCAGGCACCACAUCUGAAUAUCAACCUGACUCAUGCUGUUUGCCCCACUGAGGUGAUUCCCUGAGAUCCCUGCCUCACCCAACUUUCCAGCCCAUCAAGCUGUUUCCAGUGGCUUUUUCAUACAACUACCUCUCUUGCCUCAUGCUUCAGAUUUCCUAUACAAAAAGAAAACUACUCUCAAACAAGCAACAUCUGGCCUCAAUAUGCCCCAGACCUCUUGCUAAGUGGCCCCAGGCCCUGCAUCAACAGCAGCAAGCUUUGGUUUGCAGCUUGACCUCACCUGGGCACCUUCAAGCCCCGUGCAAGUAGCAGCCAUCUGCAGAUCACCUGGUAGCUCAUGCUGGUGGCCCCAGGCAGGGCACAGGCAAUGUCUGACCUUGUAUCUUCCAGGAGGCCCCAGAGCCAGCGCACCCAAUGGACGGCUUCAGACCUUGCUGGAUUUCAACCGUACCACCUCCAAGCGACACACUCCAAGGGGUGGACUCAGUGCACACUGGAGCCCCACUGAAGCAAGUCCCUGCUGUAGGGUCCCCUCCAUGGAGUUGCAGCUGGCUCUCACAGCCGAUCAGCCUGGGUCAGUCCCUCCCAGUAACACUAACAGCAACCAAGACUCGACUACAACAAGACAGAGUCUACAGCCCAAACGGGUGCACCCGGAGCACCUAGCUUGGGUGAUGAGGGAGGCUGCACUGCUGUACCCACAGGACACCUGCUGCACGAGUCACGCCAGCACAUCCAGGAGACACAGCAGCUCUGCCUAACAUAACACACAGAAACAGACAUGGGGAAGUGGCCAAAAUGCAGAGAUGAGGAAACCAGUACCAGAUGAAGUCACAGGAGAAAUCUCCAGAAAAAGAGCUAAAUGAAAUGGAGGCCAGUAAACUACCAGAUACUGAGUUCCAAACAAUGCUUAUAAGGAUGCUCAAGGAAUUUAGUGAGAACUUCAGGGAAAUUAGUGAAAACUUCAACAACAUGAAAAAGGGCAUAGAAACCAUCAAAAGAACCAGUCAGAAAUGAAGGAUACACUAAUCAAAAUUAAGAAUAGUUUACAGGGUAUCAAUAGUAAAGUAGAUGAAGCUGAGAAUCAAAGAAAACACCCAAUUAGAACAGGCUACAUAUAUAAAUACACUAUAUAUUUAUGUAUAUUAGUAUAUAGUAAGUUUUCAUUAUAUAUGUGUGUGUGUAUGUAUAUGUCUGUGUGUGUAUUCUCAAAAAAGGAGCCUCUAGGACUACUUUGAUUCAAUCAACAGUUGUAUCAUUAGGGUGCCAGAAGGAGAAAAGAAGAGAAUGAGCAAAAAAAUUGAAAACUCAUUUGAAAAAAUAGUAACAGAAAACUUCCCUAACCUGGUGAAGGAAAUAGACACCCAAGUCCAGAAAACACAGAGUCCCAAACAAGAUGAGCCCAAAGAGGUCCACACUGGGAUACAUCGUAAUUUAAAUGCAAAAGCUUAAAGACACAGAGAGAAUCUUAAAAGUGGUAAGAAAAAAGCAGUUACCUACAUGGGAGCUCCCAUGAACUGUCAGCUGACUUCUCAACAGAAACUUUGCAGGCCCCAAGGGAUUGGCAAGAAAUAUUUAAAGUGAUGAAAAGUAAGAACCUAUGACUGAGAUUACUCUAUACAAGAAGGCUAUCAUUUAGAAUAAAGGGAUGGAUAAAGAGCAUCUCAGACAAGAAAAAGCUGAAGGAGUUCAUCAUCACCGAACCAAUAUUACAUGAAGUGUUAAAGGGUCUUUUUUAACAAGGAGGAAAAAAAGAUAAAAAUAUAAACAAUAAAAUGGCAGUGAAUACAUAUCUAUCAACAGUUGAUCUAAAAAACAAAAUAAACAAGCAGAACAGAAAUGGGCUAACAGAUACAGAGAAUGUUUCGUCAGUUGCCAGAUGGGAGGGAUGUUGGGGGAUGGGCGAUAAAGGUGAAGGGACUGAGAAGUACAGAUUUGUUGAAAUUGGUUACAGAAUCGUCGUGGGGAUGUAAAGUACAGCAUGAGGGAUACAAUCAAGGAUAUUACAAUAACUUUGUCCAG